AUGCAAGUCCAAAAAGAGCUUGCAAUUCUGCAAUAUUUUUGGAUCUCGGUCAAAACGUGGAAGAUCAUAUGGGAAUGUUUGUGUGGCGUGAAGUCUCUGUCGAUGGUGACAUCUACAAUAAGGGAAACGAGGUCUUCAACAAAACGGGGGGAGUUGUUGGCGGGUGAAACCAAUCAUUUCCAGCCUCAAAUUCAUAAUCCACUGAAAUCACUGACAGGACUUGGAGAUUUAUAG